UGACUAUAAAUUAUAUUUCAGCUGGUAACUACUUUAAAAAUCUGGAUCCUUGAGAAAAUUCACAACAAAAAUUUCGGUAGAAUGUACAUCUCAGAAUAAUGUUUAGAAUGAAUAAAAGUACUUUAAAGUGUAGCUAUAAUGACCACAAGAGGGAGAUAUUACCUCAUUAUUGACUUAAAUCACACACAAAAUUCUUCUGAAAGGUUAUUUGGAUGAAAAGCUGAAUUCUGUCCAGGUGUGAAGGUAAAGGCCUGAUAAUGGCUCCUUAGAGCAAUUUAUAGAGCAACAAAUAAGCGACAGAGGGAGCAAACGUUCAUCAAAGAUUCUUGUGUUCUUAAGAUAAUAGAUUUAAAUAUUUCUAAGAAUGUGACUGAAGCUUCAGCAUUUAUGUUCACACAAACAAAUGAACAGAUUCUGAUUGCUCUUGUUCUACUUCUCCUCUGACUUUACCACUAAACCCCUGUCCCGUUUUCAAAUGCGUGCCCCCUCCUGUCCCAGAUCUGGAGUGAGAUGACUGAGCUGGUCUCCUCCAGCAACAACUACUCGUGCUACAGGAAGGCCUUCAACGAAUGCCGAGGCUUCAAAAUCCCCAUUCUGGGCGUGCACCUGAAGGACCUGAUUGCGGUGCAUGUGGUCUUUCCUGACUGGGUGGGCGACAGCAACAAGAUCAACCUCGUGAAGAUGCAUCAGCUUUACAUGACCUUCAAUGAGCUGGUGUCGCUCCAGGGCGCCGUGGCCCACGUGGAACCCAACAUGGACCUCAUCUACCUGCUGACGCUUUCUUUAGAUCUUUAUUACACAGAAGAUGAGAUUUAUGAGCUAUCCCUGCUUCGGGAACCACGCAACCCUAAAUCCCAGCCUACCUCCCCAACGACCCCCAACAAGCCGUUGGUCCCCCUGUACUGGGCUUCUGGUGUCACCACCAAACCAGACCCCUCUGUGGUCAACAAGCACAUCCGGAAGGUCGUGGAUGUAAGAAACGCUUCAAGUUUACUUUUCAAAUCUAAGGCAGACGUUUCAUUUUUGGGUAACAAUUUCUUUUGUUCCUCUUUUCACAGUCCGUGUUCAGGAACUACGACCACGACCACGAUGGUUACAUCUCUCAGGAAGACUUUGAAAACAUUGCUGCAAACUUCCCAUUUCUGGACUCCUUCUGUGUUUUGGACAAAGAUCAGUGAGUGCAAGUCCCUCUUUCUCUUUCAAACAGCUUCAUGUGUUCGGCCGCCCUGAAACACAGACGGUGAAGGAGCUUCACAGAGGUGGGAACAAAACAACAGCAACAACAUGUAGAAACAUUCCCCCCAAAAAAGGAAAAAAAAAAGUAUUUCAACCAGUUUUAUUAUUUUUAUUAUAAAUAAUGUUAAAACAGAAGUUAGUUUAGCUGAGGUGCUAUUACUAAUGUAAAGCUGUUGCAAAAGAGAAAGUAGAAAUUUCUGAAAAACAAAUAUACACUACUAAUAUAUGGAGUUUAUGCUCAAUAGGAGAUCAAAUAUACAUCGACAAACUUAGACUUCAAAACAACAUUCAUUCAUUCAUCUUCUUGUCCGCUUUGUCUAAAUAUUCUCUAAACAG